AUGAAUCUUAACUCAUUGAUUUUGACAACGCUCGCACUGGCAAUUCAAGCGAACGCAUACAGCAAGCGAGUGGACGUUUACGGGUCAUGUGAGGGUGAUAAGUACUCUAUUAAGAUGCAUUAUCACCGUCCGCCAACGAUGACAAGUCAAGAUCAAGAGGUCUUGAAUAAAUGCAACAAUGAUUCUCCAGGAUUGCACGGAUGGGAAUGUGAGCUCAGCUGCGGCAAGGGUCCUGAACUGUGCGAGGAGAUUUAUGAAAUGGUGGAAAAGAAGGGCCCUGCGAUCAAUCACUGCAAGAAGGCAGGAGAAGCAGGCUCUGCGAAGACAAAAGAAGAAUCAGGUACUAAGACGAAGACGGUUGUAAGCACACAAAGUGGAUCGACAGCUGGUAGCGAUGAUCGCGACGAAAUGAACACAAAGGAGGACGGGGACUCUGCGGCAAGUGUUAAGGCAGGAGUCAUGACAGCACUAUUUGGAACCGCUGCCAUGUUUGGAUUGCUGAUUAUUUAA